AUGCCAGGUCUCCUAUUCAACGUCAAUGGGGGCUAUCUGGAAGGCGUGGUGCGCGGGUAUCGAAACUCGCUACUGACAAGCACCAACUACGGCAAUCUCACACAAUGCGAAUCGAUCGACGAUGUGAAAGUGCAGCUGGGUCCUGCGUAUGGCGAGGCGCUGUCGACUCUGCCUCCCAAUCCAUCCACGUCGGCUCUUGCAUUGCGCACGACCGAAAAGCUCGUCGCCGAUUUCCGGUAUCUGCAAGGACAGGCAACAGGCUCGUUGGCCAAGUUCAUGGAGUACCUGACGUACUCAUACAUGAUCGACAAUGUCGCACUGCUGAUCACCGGUACGCUGCACGAGCGAGAUACCAAGGAACUGCUAGAAAGAUGUCAUCCGCUGGGAUGGUUCGAGACGAUGCCGGUGCUCUGCGUGGCGACGAACAUUGAAGAGCUAUACAAUUCGGUGCUCAUCGAGACGCCACUGGCCCCGUACUUCAAGGGCAGCCUGAGCCAUCAGGAUCUGGACGAACUGAACAUCGAGAUCGUGCGGAAUACCCUCUACAAGAACUACCUGGAAGACUUCUACAACUUUGUCAACAACGACCCCGAGAUGGGCCUGACUCCGACGGGAGAAAUCAUGUCCGAGAUUCUGGAGUUCGAAGCAGACCGACGCGCCAUCAACAUCACCAUCAACUCCUUCGGCACCGAGCUCACCAAGGAGCAACGUAGAAAGCUGUAUCCCGAGUUCGGAAAGUUAUAUCCAGAGGGCAGUUUGAUGCUGUCGAGAGCAGACGAUAUGGAAGGGGUGGGACUCGCCGUCAGCGGUGUCGGUGACUAUAAACGAUUCUUUGACGAGGUCGGCUUCAAUCAGAGCAGCGGCGUCGGUGGAGGCAACAUGGUCGGAGGGAUGGGAAUGGAGUCCAAGUCUUUGGAGGACCUGUUCUACCAGAAAGAAAUGGAACUCUCCAAAAUGGUCUUCACGCGGCAAUUCACCCACGCCGUCAUCUACGCCUGGGUGAAACUGAGAGAACAGGAAAUCCGAAACAUCACCUGGAUUGCCGAAUGCAUUGCCCAAAACCAGAAGGAGAGAAUCGGUAACUACAUCAGUGUAUUUUAA